AUGGCCCUCGCCCACCUCAGCACCCUCGCAGACACUGUCCCAGUGGACGGAGUCACCAUGACCGCGCCGCGUAUGCGCCCGCGGCUAUCCUUCUGGACGCCAAUCGUGAUCAAGCGCUGGCAGGCUCGCCUCGGGAGCCAGGCUUUGACUGACCGUGAACUGCCAGGCGCGCCCUACCUACCUGUUCAGCCUUCGCCGGCUGAGUCGUCGCUUGUGGCGCCUACGUCUGUCGCGAUUAGCGAGGGGGUCUGGUUGCGCUCGCCACUCCAACCCAACAUACCUCUCCCGAUUACCCCCUCUGUGCCGGCCCAAGACACCCCAAAGGGGCUUCCCGCCAUUCCUACCAAAGCAUUGCCCUCGGCCUCACCCACCUCGACGGACCCAUCGCCGAUUUCCUCCCCCACCUGCACCGCAGAGGCAUUCACAACCAUCACCAUCAACACUGGGAGCGGCGGCCUCGACCGCAAGCUCUCGGUUUGCUCGACUUCUAGCUCUCGGUAUGCUGGGAUCCCUCGUCCGCUUCCCAGCGCCCCGAGCGGCCUGGUGGUUCAAGAGCCAACGGCUGCCACCGUUCUCCCGUCCUGGCUCACCUCGAGGAUGCCGAUGCCAAGACUGCCGGACGUGCCCCCGCGCCUCCCAGAGCUCGACUUCAGUGCGUCUCGCCGGCCCAUGACGCCACUGUAUCAGGACGUCAGGCUUUGUACCAAGUCAGACGUCCUGCCUGGGUCGCUCCUCUCCCCCUAA